AUGAGUUCUCCUCUCAUUCGCAGUAUUGCCGUUAUCGGUGCAGGCCCUUCUGGCCUAGUAACUGCAAAAGCCCUUUUAGCUGAAAAGGCUUUCGAACGCAUCGUCUUGUUUGAACGUCGUGGUUCCGCCGGCGGUGUAUGGAAUUAUACCUCUUCGCUACCACCAAAAGUCCGAGCGCCUUCCAUUAAGCCAAAUGUAAGCAGCAAUCCAAUUCUAGAACCAUCCGCUUUGCCCGUCUAUCCAUCCCCCUUGUACCGUGAUUUACAAACCAACACCCCCAUCGAACUCAUGUGCUACAGCACUCACCAUUUCCCCAAAGAAACCCUUCAAUUCCCUCACCGUACUUCUGUUCAAGAAUACCAGCGUACCUUUGCAGAACCCCUUUUGCCUCUUAUCAAACGCGCUACCGAAGUCGUUGACAUUGAGAAAAAAAAUCAUAAAUGGCUUGUCACUUAUCGCAGCACCAAACAAGGUAGCCCUUCCAACGAAGAACAUUUUGAUGCUGUCGCCAUCUGUAAUGGUCAUUACGAAAUUCCUUUUAUUCCAAAUGUCCCUGGCCUUCAACAAUACGCUGAACGCGUUCCUGGUUCUGUCCUUCAUGCUUCUCAAUUUCGUGAACCUGAACUGUUUGCCAACGAACGCGUCCUUAUCGUAGGCGGUGCAUCUUCAGCCACUGAUUUGGUCCGGCAUUUACAACCAAUCGCAAAGAAUCCCGUUUAUCAAAGUGUUUUGGUUGACGAGGAAAGCAUUGAUGAUAAGCUCAUCAAGGUUCCUCAGGUCGUGAAAUUUGAUCCUGAAACAAGAGAAAUCUUUUUAAAGAAUGGUAAAGUUCUAAAGAACUUUGACCGUAUCAUCUAUUGUACUGGCUAUCUUUACAAUAUUCCUUUUCCCUCUCUCAACAAAUCUAAUGACAAUCCUGAAACGAAAUUGGUUACUGACGGCAGCCAUGUUCACAACGUUUACCAACAUAUCUUUUAUAUCCCCGAUCCCAACCUCGCUUUCGUAGGUUUAGCCCUUCAUGUUGUUCCUUUUCCCACUAGUCAAGCACAAGCUGCCUAUCUGGCUCGAGUUUGGUCUGGUCGCCUUUCUCUUCCAAACCCCAAAGAGCAACGGGAAUGGCAAGAUCAGCUUGUUAACUCGCUGGAUGGAUCUAUGAACUUAUACCAUUCAUUGAACUUCCCUAAAGAUGCCGAGUACAUCAAUCACAUUCAUGAUUUAACACUGCAAGCUCAUCCCAACCCCGAAGAGGGGUUUCCCGCACCAUACUGGGGUCCUAAAGAGCUUCAAAUUAGAGAAGACAUGUGGAAUAUCCGUGCUAAAUUUUUUGGACUUGAACAAAAAAAAUAA